AUGACCACUGGACCCCCUUCCGCUACUGGCCCUCUCCCAGGACCAGCGGGCCACUUUCCGCCAGUCCAGCAAGUCCCAGGACCUCAGCAACAGAACGUUGCGGUACCCCCUAUUGCGGCGCCCCUGUUGCCCCCACCUCAAGUUUCCGCCGUCGCUCUCAAGCUGCCGACGUUUUGGGCCGCCGAUCCCGUCGUAUGGUUCGGGCAAGCUGAGGCGCAAUUCGCCCUUCGUCGCAUCAGUGACCAGCUGACGAAGUUCUACCACGUCGUUGCCGCACUUUCCCCUACUGAUGCUUCCGAGGUGCGCGACUUGGUAGCCUCCCCACCGAGACAGUCACCUUAUGACGUGCUCAAGACUGAAUUAAUUCGCCGUACGUCUAUGUCAGAGCAAAAGCGAUUCCAGCGCCUGCUGACCCAAGAAGAACUCGGAGAUCGCGCGCCUUCUCAGCUCUUACGGCGUAUGCGCCAACUGCUCGGCGACCGUCCCGACAGCGCCGUAAUCGACGAUUCCCUGCUCCGCCAACUCUUCCUCCAGCGGUUGCCGGCCAAUGUCUGCAUGGUUUUAGCCGCUGCUGGCACCAUGAGCCUGAACGACCUGGCCAACCUUGCCGACAAGGUCAUGGAAAUGGCACCACCGCAGAUCGCAGCUGUUGCCUCGCACCCCCCUUUUCCGCCUACGGCUACUUGUUCCAGCUCGUCGCAAGCAGUGGACCUUUCUCAGCUCGCGGAACAGAUAUCCAACCUGCAGCUGGAGGUCGCAGCCCUUCGUCGCUGCAGUCCUUCUCCGUCUCCACGCCAAUCCCGGAAACCCCCGAGCCAGUCACUAGAGAUAGCGGCUGGUGACUCUGGCACUCGUCCUUCCCGCCUCUUCUUUGUUCUUGACAACAAUUUCGGACUAGAGUUUCUUGUUGAUACCGGCGCUGACGUCAGUGUGCUUCCGUCCUCUCUUUUUCGUUCACCACGCAAGCCAACGUCCUGCACCCUGCAAGCUGUUAAUUCCACGCCGAUUGCGACGUACGGAGAGCAUUCUCUCACUCUCAACUUGGGCCUCCGUCGCUCCUUCGCGUGGGUUUUCCUUGUGGCUGACUUGCAGUACCCUAUUCUGGGAGCAGACUUUCUGAGCCAUUUCGGUCUCAUGGUGAACAUGAAAAAACGCUUGCUCUGGGAUGCAGAAACUCGGUUUCGCGUCAACGGCAUUCCCUGUCGCCAUUCAGUGUGUAGCCGCAUCGCCCGCUUCAAGGCUGGAAACUGUCCAUACUCCGCCAUCCUGCAGGAGUUCCCAUCCCUCUUGAAGCCAUGUAACACCGAGCGGCCUGUGAUGCACACAGUGACUCACCACGUUGUCACUACAGGUCCACCCGUGCGUGCCCGUCCUCGUCGCCUGGCCCCCGAGCGCCUCACCAUUGCGAAAAAGGAAUUCGAACAAAUACUCCAGCUUGGAAUCGUACGGCCUUCUUCCAGCAGUUGGUCAUCAGCCUUGCACAUGGUGCCGAAGAAGACCGGAGAUUGGAGGCCGUGCGGCGACUACAGAGCCCUUAAUAAGGUUACUGUGCCAGAUCGCUACCCCAUCCCGCAUGUUCACGAUUUCACCUCCAAUCUCCACGGCAUGACCAUGUUCUCCAAGGUUGAUUUGGUAAAAGCUUACCAUCAGAUUCCAGUAGAACCCUCCGACGCUUCCAAGACUGCCAUCGUUACACCAUUCGGCAUGUCCGAAUAUCUCAGGAUGCCCUUUGGUCUGCGAAACGCCGCCCAGACCUUCCAACGUUUUAUGGAUCAAGUGCUGCGCGGCCUUCCCUUUGCGUUUGCCUAUAUAGAUGGCAUCCUCGUUGCCAGCGGGUCCCCCGAGGAGCACGAAGACCACCUUCGCGCGCUUUUCCAGCGUCUCCAAGAGUUUGGCAUUGUUGUGAACGCCGCAAAAUGCGAGUUCGGCAAGCCAUUGCUGGAGUUCCUCGGGCACCUAAUCAGUAGUGACGGCAUCCGCCCUCUCGACCACCAAGUUCUUGCCAUACGCAACUUCCCAACGCCAACAUCACUGCGUAAGCUGCGAGAGUUUUGGAUGGUGAACUUUAUCGACGAUUUAUUCCCGGCUGUGCGCACAUUUUGCGACCUCUGA